CAUCCUCCCGUCAUGGCCAAUGUUGUGUUCCAAAGUCAUCAGGAAUAUCGUCGGAUAAUAGUAUUCUCGCAUCAUAGGAUACUAGCAGGGGUCAUGUAAUACGUUGCAAUACUUACCGCUACUUACUCUGCAUGCAACUCCUUCUACAAGAUUCUUUACCUGUGGUGUACUAUUGAAGGGUUCAAGGCAAUGCAAACGACUUCUACCUUUAACCGGCUGGCACGGAUCUGGGUCAAUGGCGGCCAAAUAUGCCAUUGACGAUGCUGCGCAUGCAAUGAUCCACUUUUCAGCAGUCUACUUUGUUUACUAGGGCUUCUAAACACGGUGGUUGAGGCACUGGUAAUUGGGUCUCACCCAGCCACGGCGAGCUGAGAGAGUCAGAUGUCUGCAGAUUCUGUUGCCCCCUUCCCUCCCCCGACUCGUUCGCUCUUGCUACUCCCAUUAUUGCAGUACCCUCUUGGAACAUAUUCCCCUCUACCCACGUGUAUUUCUUGCAUCCAUGGACGGAUUUUCGACAGCCGCCGGCGCGAUUGCAUUGUUCGAACUGCUCUGCAAAAUUGGCCCUGCGAUUUCUCAACGUUAUUCAGACUAUAAGGAUGCGGAACCCUCUGUUCGAGCCUUUGUGGAGGAAAUCAAAGCUAACAUGGAAACUCUCCAAGAACUAAUCACAUUCGUUGAGCAACGGGAUCAGCAUUCGUCGCCUCAGGGAAUCCAGCGCCUCAAGGCCUUGUCUCCGUUGCUGAAGGAGAACACGGCUCAACGCACCCUGCUGGAGGAUCUGACAAAGAUGUUGAAAUGGUUGAACGAUCAGAACGCCAUGAAUGGGAGGAUGAUGCUUAAACAGAAAGUGAUGUGGUCGGUGAAGGGCAAGAAGAAGGUCGAGAAACUUUUGCCCUGCUUGGCCCGUCAUAGAGAACAGUUCAUUCUUGCACUCUCGAUCCAAUCUUGUCACAUCGGAAAUGAGCUUGGACAGAUCAUGCAGACGCUCUCGGAUCGUCAGGACACGAGAGACAUUGCGAAGCACACGGCCAUAUCUGGUUGUGUUAAAGCAGGAGCUUACUCGUGGCUCCUCGAGGAUCCCGAUUUCACGGCAUGGCGCAAGUCUGAGGCAGGCGGCGUCCUUUGUCUUCGCAGCAAGCCUGGAAAUGAUACAACUGCUUUGACUUACACCGUAAUCGAAGAACUUGCGAAGGCCCCAAAACAACCGGGACAACUUGUCCUUUAUCAUUACUGCGACGCAAACGAUUCGAAAUCCCUCAACGCGGACACGUUUGUUCGAAUGCUUCUUGUUCAACUCAUCCACGUCGAUCGUUCUGGCAUCAUUGCACACAUUCUUGGAAAGAAACGAUUAGAGCGACACACCGGGCUCCCCGACCUUGACGAAUUAUUCGAGCUUCUUGCAACAGCAAUGCAAGAUCUCAGUUCUCCCCCUGUCAUUGUGGUCGAUAGGCUGGACAAAUGCACCACCAAGGAAACACUGGGACUUUACAUCGAGGGUCUGAUGGAACGGGUGCCCCAAACCUGUCUAUUUCUGACCAGCUGCGAGGAUGUUAACCUACUCAACUCGCAGUCUCAGUUGCGUUCCAUCUACAUGCCUGACCAUACCGGGGACUCCUCGAAUAACGCUGUCAAUUGCACCAAAGCAACUACAUGGAAACCACCUAUCGGUGUUUAUCAAGUCAAGUUGAGGUUCUCUCAAGUUACAGUGUCUGCUAACAUAUGUGUAUCUCAAAGGGGGAACUCCUCCCAAAAGAAUUUUGGACAACACAGAAAACAUUCAUCACCUUUAGGCGCAUCGCUGAACAUUGAUCAUAUGGAUGAUAUGCGUACGAGUGAAAUACUGUCAGUGCCACUGUCUUGCGGUGACAUUGGCAUAACCUUACAUCCCAGCGCCUUUUUUUGUGUACAACUGGGGUAAUGAUAGUCUCCCGUAGGCAGCCGUUAAUACGAGUCUAUUGGAGAGGAGGAGAGAUGUCAACGGGGGUGGGUGUCUGAAGCACCACAAGAUCAUGCCAACGCCCACAGUGACGCGUUUCAACGCGUGAAAAUGCACCAGGGGCCAAAGGGGGCCGGAAGAAUACUACCUAUUGAGAAGCAAACACAGUAGAGGCCAAGUAUCACAAUUGUAACAGCUGUCAGCAUCAAGUAGAGAACAGACAGCGGCGAGGCCACCAAGCGAUGACACGCAGCCAGCGCAGGUAGUUGACGUGUCUUCAGCGCGUCGAGAAGAGUCGAUACGUAGCGACGAAGUUGAAAGCUAGAGUCGGGAGUCGUAAGGAAAAGUCUAAGAGGAUCCCAAUACAAAUCGCACCAGCUAUGUAGCGAAUGGACGAGAGGCAGGGUGACGGUUCCUGUAGAGUGUGGUGAGUCGGCGAUGGUGCUUACCAGGCACUGACGGCGCUCGCCCCGCACUGUCGUCACUCUCAACAUCUCCCAUCGCCUGUACCGGGUCGCGUUCAAUAUGCAUGGAUGUAACAAGGGCCUAUAAUACUGUUAGAGAGGACCGCCGUCGACGUCGAAAUACAUGUAUGGAUCUGAGAAAUCUGAGCAUCUCCAGAGGGAAGGCAAAACAACAACAACAAAAGCGUAAGUUCAGAGAGGAACAGUCGCAAUAUCCAGCAUAGGAACGGGGGUCAAACAUCUGCCCAGCCACCUUCGUCCAAUUUAUAAGAAGCUUCGCUUUCCGGCCGAUCAGGACUAUCCACAAGCUUUGCAACUCUUUCUUCUGCACGACCUAUAUGAUUGCAGGGAGGCAAGGUGAACAAGCAGCAAAAGGCCCAGGCUAGUCCAGAUCCAAGGGGAGGUAGGCAGACCUUUCCUAAGGAACAUCCGUGUAGCUGAAGCAUGAGAGAGAAUAUGCCCGCCAAUAGGCUUGAGAGCUCCACCUGCGACAAAGGUCAUUGUUG